UGACCACUGUCAAACGCAGUGGCAACUCGGACGCUCGGAUAAAUAUUAAGCCUAGAUCCUGUAAUUAUUUAUACUGAUCUGAGUUGUCCACAGUUGUCACAGGAAGAUGGCUGAAGCCCAUUCGGCUGUAGCAUUCUCAUUCCAGGUAACACAUGAGGGUGUUGAUGUCAACCUUAAUCAUGAUGCCCUCAAAGCUGUCUGGAACAGUGGUAUCCAUUCCUGGAAGAAAAGACUGGGCAGAGCGAAGAACAAGGUAAAAGCAGGGACAUAUCCAGGUUCCCCAACAAGUUGGUUAUUUGUGACUGUUCUCAUACUCUCACUAAAGAUUGCAAAUGUAGAUCCUUCCUUUGGUUUGAUAGGAUGGUUCCAGGCUCAUAUACCAGGACUGAGUACAUCUUCAGAGAAUAUAAGUCUAUAUGGGAGUUGUUUACUGUUUUCUACACUGUUAUGGCUGGGCAUUAUACUGUUUCUAAAAUACAUUCUAAAACUGCUUUUAAUGUACCAUGGCUGGAUGUACGAGGCUCGAGGAAAGGUUUCUAUAUACACAAAAGUUUGGCUGGGUUUGAUUCGCCUGUUUGGAGGAAGAAAGCCAAUGUUGAACAGCUAUCAGUCUUCACUUCCCAAACUUUGUCUUCCUUCUGUUGAUGAAACGAUUAGAAGAUAUUUGUUAAGUAUCAAACCAAUACUAGACGAUGAGAAAUAUGAGAGGUUAUCUACCCUUGCUGAGGAGUUUCGAUCUGGACUAGGAAAAAAACUACAACGCUACCUCCUUCUCAAAUCAUGGUGGUCAACAAAUUAUGUAACAGAUUGGUGGGAGGAGUAUGUUUAUCUUCGUGGAAGAUCUCCACUCAUGGUGAACAGUAACUAUUAUGGUGUGGAUGCUAUACUGAUGCAUCCAACAAAAGUAGCAGCAGCAAGGGCAGCAAAUGUUACAUAUGUGAUGUUACAAUACAGGAGAGAGUUGGAUAGAGAGGAGCUUAACCCUAUUUUAUUGAAUAAAACAGUGCCAUUAUGUUCAGCCCAGUAUGAGAGACAGUUCAACACAACUAGAGUACCUGGUGUAGUUUCUGAUAAACUGGUUCACUAUAAAGACAGUAAACAUGUAGCUGUCUACCAUAAAGGCAGGUUCUUUAAGGUCUAUAUCCACUUCAAAGGGAGACAUUUGAAGCCUUGUGAAUUGGAAAGAUCAUUCCAGAAGAUACUGGAUGAUGAGAGUCCCCCUGUAGGUGGUGAGGAACAUAUUCCUGCUCUUACUGGAGCAGAUAGAGUGCCAUGGGCUAAAGCUAGAACAGAAUUCUUCUCCAAAGGCAAAAACAAAGCAUCUCUAGAUGCUGUAGAGAAAGCUGCUUUCUUUAUAACCUUUGAUGAUGAACCUCAAGACUUUGUUAUUGGUGACCAGAAGAGUUUUGAUAAUUUUGCUGGUGCUAUGUUACAUGGUAAUGGCUCUAACAGAUGGUUUGAUAAGUCUUUUAAUCUGGUUAUCACUCCUAAUGGAAGGAUUGGCUUCAAUGCUGAACAUUCAUGGGCUGAUGCACCUAUAAUGGCCCAUUUAUGGGAGUAUGGGGUCACAGAUGAUCACAGUGUGCUCGGAUAUGAAGAAGAUGGACACACUAAAGGUGAACCAGAGAUGACUCCUCCUAACCCUAUACGACUAGAGUGGGACCUUCCAGAACCUUGUCUACAAGUGAUACAGAACAGUUUACAGGUUACGAGACAACUUGUUAAUGAUGUUGACAUGCGUUUAUUUAUGCAUGAUGUAUUUGGUAAAGGUCUAGUGAAGAAAUGUAAGACAAGUCCAGAUGCUUUCAUACAAAUGGCCUUACAGCUUGCUUACUACAGAGAUGCUGGUAAAUUCUCACUCACUUAUGAAUCCAGUAUGACAAGGUUAUUUAGAGAAGGCAGGACUGAGACUGUACGACCAUGUACCAUCGAAUCAUGCAACUUUGUCCGAGCUAUGAUGAACCCAGAUGCCACGAAGGAAGAAAAGAUUGCCUUGUUUAGGACGGCUACAGAAAGACAUCAGAUGGGCUACAGAGAUGCUAUGACUGGCAAGGCAAUAGACAGACAUUUGUUCUGUUUAUAUGUUGUGUCCAAAUACCUUGAGAUAGAAAGCCCUUUCCUCACCGAGGUUCUUAGUGAACCAUGGAGACUGUCAACCAGUCAGACACCACACACACAGACAGACAAGCUUGAUCUAGAAAGAUUCCCAGACCGUAUAUCAGGAGGUGGUGGGUUUGGACCAGUAGCUGAUGAUGGUUAUGGUGUAUCAUAUAUCAUUGCUGGAGAGGAUCAUAUAUUUAUACAUGUAUCUAGCAAAAACUCCUGUCCUACAACA